GCUGCAUUAGGGUGGUUUCACGGCUCAAUGUAGGCACACACACACCAUAUACGGAGUGCCUGCUUUUUUCGCUCCCGCCCCAUUCGAAUUCUGUGAUUUCAGCCAGCCCGCCGGGUGUUGUGGAAUUCUGAUCGCUGAGGAAUCCCUGCACCAAGGGCUUGUGGAUCUGGGGUCAACCUGUACAGCUGGCUCCAGACUAUCACUGCAUCCUCAUCGAUACGGAAGGCUUAGGAUCGACUCAGAGGAGCAGCAGCUGUGACAUGCAAAUCUUCUCGCUGUGCCUUCUCUUGUCCUCGUACUUCAUCUACAACUCCAUGGGCGUCAUCGAUGAGCAGGCCAUCGACGAUCUUCACUUAGUCCUCAACCUAGCGCAACACAUUCACGUGAAGAGCCGCCGGAAGACGGAGGAAGAGAAGCGAACAGACUUGUCGCUGUAUUUUCCCAUCUUCCUCUGGGUCCUGCGGGACUUCCACCUGUCCCUGGCGGAUGAGAAGGGCCAAAGCAUCAGUGAGAAGGAGUACUUGGAAAGGGCUUUGCGCCCCAACCCGGGACACGAGGAGAAGAAUCAGCUCCGAGAGGUCAUCAAGGAUCUCUUCCGUGAGCGGGACUGCGUGACCAUCGUGCGGCCCGUGGCGGAGGAAGCGGACCUGCGGAACAUUCAACAGGUGCCUUACGAGAAGCUGAGGCCCCAAUUCCGAACCCAGGUCGAAGCCUUUGUCAAGAAGGUCUACACCUACUUGAAGCCGAAGAAGAUCGAUGGGAACGUGGUCACGGGUCGGAUGUUCGUGGACUUGGCCUCGGAGUACUGCAAAGCCAUCAAUGGUAGCGCGGUGCCCACGAUCCACGCCGCCUGGGCAUCGGUCGUGCAGCACCAAUUCCGCCUGGCGCUGCGCGACGCCGUGCAGGUCUAUCGCCAGCGGAUGAACGAACGUGCCAUGCAACACCUGCCGAUGGCAGAGGAGAAGCUGAGAGAUCUACAUAAGAUCGCCAAAGCGGAGGCGUUGAAGACCUUGUUCGCCACGAAGCUGGAGCACGAUCCUAGGUUCCGCGAAUGCCGAAGCCAGUUCGCUGCCCGGGUGAAGCAGCUGCUGGAGCAUGUGCGCACGGAGAACGCCAACAGCUCCGCGCGCGUGUGCGACAAGCUGGCCAAGGAGCUGUUCAAGCAGAUGGAGCAGAAGACGUACCAAGGCUUCAAUGAUUUGCUGUUAGAGUGGGAGCAGGUGAAGCAGCUCUACCUGUCUAAAGCAGCAGGUCCCUCGCGCUUGGAAGUCCUCAGCGGCUAUUUGAACUCGCAGCUCCUUCAGAGCACCCAAAAGCUUUGGGAGGAAUUGCAGGUGGGAGCAGAGGAGAGGAAGAGCUUGCUCAAGCAGCAGCUGGCGGAAAGCGAAGCCCGGAUUCUCCAGUUGAAGGCGCCCGAGGAUGCGCAGAGGCAGCUGCUCACCGAGCGACUGGACUUCGAGCGGCGCUUGGACGAAGCGCGCAGGAGCGCGGAAGCUGCGGCGCAGAAGGCCGCGCGGGAGAAGGCACAGCUCUUGGAUGCGGAGAGGACCUUGAAGGAACAGAUGAAGAUCAUGCAGGACCGCUUGAACUCGGAGCAGCGCCGCGGCACGCAGAGCUCGGCGCUGAGCUCCGCGGCGGCGGUGCACAGCACGCAGCUGGGGGUGCCGAAGUCGGAGUUGGACAGCCUCAAGGACUCGGUGAUGCAAAUGCUCACCGAGCUCCGCAGCAAGGAGCUACAGCGGAACCAGCUGCAGAUGCAGGUCGAGCAUGACAAGCAAUUGAUUGCCCUGGAGCGAACUUUUCAGAAGCAACUUCAAGAAGCCAGAGCCAGGAGCGAGCAGUUGGUGGAGCAGUUGCGGAACAGCUACGAGAAAGAGGUCGAAACUCUCAAGAGCCAACGGGUUGAACUCGUCGAGCAGAACAAGGACCUGGAGCGGAAGCUGAGCUCCUCCCAGCAGGAGUUGAAGCUCCUGUCUCGCCACCUGGAUGAGGCUCGUGAGGCCUCGCGCGCCCAGCAACGCCAGGUGGAGGUGUCCCAGCAGCAAUCCGAGAUGCUCCUGGCUGUGCUGGAGAAGCUGGGAGGCCCGAAGGAGGACGCGGAAGACUUCAAGGGCCAAGUCUGA